ACAGGGAAGAGCCGCUGCGUAACGCGUUGCGUAGAAUCAUAACGUCACGCAAGUCACGGUGGCUGCACCUCGCAUUGAAACCGGCGAAGUUCGAACGUCCUCUAAUUUAUUCAACGGAACGUGGCGCACACAGUGCACAUCAAGAGUGAUCCCUAUAUUCAGUGAUACUCGCUGUCGCCCCACGAGCCAUAGGCAGCGUCGCAAGAUUAAUAACGUUGAACGAACGAUCUGCGCGACAUGACUAUCCUCUAUGUCGCGCACUAUGGCCAUCCGCUAUUGAAAGGCGCCAAACAUUGGUCGUUUCUGCUCCCCAAGCCGAACUCGAACACAGACUCAGACGUCGCCACUGCCUACCAGGUCACCGGAUCCACUGAAACCUACGAGGUGAAGGAUCCAGAAGAGCUGCGGUCAGACUCGGAGCAAUCAAAGACGUGCAUGGGUCGCGUCGAAGUGGGCAACAUCGAAGACAAGCGGCGCGGCGAGUUCGAGAGCGUUGUGUUGGCUGUUCCGGUCACGAGGGGUAACCUUGCGUGGAACUGCCAGAACUGGAUCAUCGAGGCUCUGGGUGCGCUGAAGCAGAGGGGAUUCAACGUGAAAGCGUACCAGCUUGCAGAGCUCCAGAAGUUGCUAGCGGAGGCAUCGGUGUCGAGGUGACGCAUUAAGGCGCUUGGAUGUUGAAGCCGCUGGCGAUAGAGAGUAACAAUGGAAAGGAUCAACUUCGUGUAACU